AUGUGGAUCAGUCAUCCAUAUUUCUUGUCUGUAGUUAAAGCAAGUUGGUCAAAUGAGAUUGACGGUGACCCUGCAUUCACCUUUAUGCAGAAAAUGAAAGAGCUAAAAAGAAUACUAAAUGAUUGGAAUUGGAAAGUUUUUGGAAAUGUGCAAGUGAAACUUAAAGAAGCUGAAGAAAAAGUCUUGGAGGCUAUGCAAGUAUUUGAUAAUAAUCCGUUUGACUCUGUAGAAUUGGAUGAGUUAGUUAAGGCACAAAAUGAACAUGCCAGUAAAGAAGUGCAACUUAAUACACUAAUGAGGCAGAAGUCAAGAAUCAAGUGGAUAAAAGAAGGAGCAGCCAAUACAAAUUUUUUUCAUACUAAUUUGAAAAUAAGAAAUUUAAGAAACUUAAUCAGUGAAUUGGAAGUCAAUGAUGGUAAUGUAAUAUCAGAUCAAUCACAAAUUGUUGAUGCACUGAUACAACACUUUCAAAAAAUUGAAGAACAAAGUGUCAAUAUUAAAGAAGAAUUACUAGAAGUUGUUCCUCAACUGAUUACCGAAGAAGAUCAAAAAAUUUUGGAUGUCAUUCCUAGUACAGAGGAAAUUAAAGCAAUAGUAUUUGAUAUGGAUCCUGAAAGUACUCCAGGUCCAGAUGGUUUCUCUGGAAUUUUUUACAGAAGUUGUUGGGAGAUAAUACAAGAUGAUCUGGUGGCUGCAAUUCAAUUCUGUUGGAGGAGGAGAUUCAUUCCUAAAGGUAUGAACUCUAGUUUCUUAGUGUUAUUACCAGAAACACAAGGAGCAAGAACUGCAAAACAAUUCAGGCCUAUAGGUUUGAGUAAUGUUGUAUUCAAAAUCUUUACUAAGAUUAUUACUACAAGAAUGAGUAGCUUUAUGGCCAAGUUAAUAUCUCCACAACAGUCAGCUUAUAUAAAGGGAAGAAGCAUACAAGAACAAGUUUUACUUGCAUCUGAGCUAGUGAAUGAAAUGAAGACUAAAAGAAGAAGAGGAAAUGUAGGACUCAAAUUGGAUAUUUCUCAAGCUUAUGGUUCUGUAAGCUGGGAAUUUCUCAUGAAAUUAUAG